GUAUUGGAGCUACACCUUUGUUCUCCCAACUUCAGAUUGGAACUAAGAAUUGUACUCACCGAGCAAACUCCCUUGUCACAACUAUCAUAAGGAUACUUACUAUUUUGCGCAUAAAAUUGUUGGGGAGUGAGCGGAGUACUACAGUAGCUAUUUGGAGACCCGGAGUCCCUGCCAAUUCUGGCUUCCUGCAACAGGAGGCAAGGAUGCUUGUCAAAGUUUGAGCUCUAUUAUUCAAAAUUGAGAGUAAUGGCUUUCUCUUUCGAUACUCAACUGCUGCCCCGACCCCCACCCAUUUGUUGUUAAUCAAUUACCUCAUCAACUCUCUUGGAUUCUCCAAUCAAGAAGUUCUCUCUGCCUCUGCUAAGGUGCGUUACCCUAUAAAUACCCUAGCCCUCCAUUUCUUCAAACAGACUGGUUUUAAAGACACCCACAUCAAAAUCUUGGUUUCCAAGUACUUUAAAGUCCUAUUCUAUGAUGUUGAAAAGAACCUUAAGCCCAAAUUACACUCUCUUUCUCAACUCGGGUUAUCCCGUUCCGAUUUAGUCAAAGUCAUUUUAAGAGAUUACAAAUUUUUUGAGAAUGGAUUAGAUACCUGUAUAAAACCUCAUAGAAAUCGUCUUAAAAAUAUAUUGGGUAGUGAUGAAAAUGUGGUUAAGGUUAUAAAGAAACGUGCUUGGUUGAUGAGUUUCAAUAAUCAUGCAACUCUGGAAGCCAAUCUCAAUUUAUUGCAAUCCUCUGGAUGUUCAAAUGAUAAGAUCAUAAAUAUUGUGCUUAGAAAUCCCAACAUUCUUAACACUAGUACCAAGAAGCUUGAUGAAAUGCUGCAUAGGGUGGAAAAUGAAGUUGGCGUUUCUCCUAAUUCGUCACAGUUUCUCCACAUCGUUAAUGUGCUUGUUGGCUUGAGUCAAGAGACUGUAGACAAGAAAUAUGGAAUCUUCAAGAGUUUUGGGUGGUCUGACACCGAUAUUCUCAACAUCUUGCAAAAACUACGUUACUAUGUAGCCCUAUCGGAGGCACGGAGUCAAACUUCAUUGACAUUUUUGAUGAAAGAAGUCAGAUACAAGUCUACUUACGUCGCUUCUCACCCUUCACUUUUAACUUACAGCUUGGAGAAGAGGCUAAUACCCAGUGAUAACGCGCACUGGCAUGGAUGAAACCUUGGCAGCCACAAUGGGACAAGAGUUCUCAACCUAAUGCUACUGCUAUGAAGUGAGGAGGAGCAAACAUGCGAAGUUUUCCUCUAGAAAGUUGACUUAUUUCUUUUUUAUAACAAAAGGCAGGAUACUGGUACAUUGAGUUGAUUUUUUCCUCUCAUCCCCUUCCUCCUUAGGAUGUCUCUGGCUGUUUUCAAUCAGUAGUACUGUUUCAUUGUAAUCCUAUUUGAACGUUGUGAUAUUACCUAUUCUCAUCGUGUUUGGGAGGAGGGGGAGUUUUGUGAGUCUGAGUUGUUGCAAUGGUCAUAUUGAAAUAUGUUAGGAACUUGAUUUUGUUCUAUUUUUUGAAAAAGAAAAGCUUAAGAGGUGAAAGACACCCAAGGGUGUCGCUUAGCGGUCAAUGAACUGGGUUGAGAACCUGAGUUACCUGGGUUGAGAACCUGAGUUACCUGAUAUUUAUUGCUGGUGGGACACAAAAAUUAACAGAAAUCUGCAUAUAAAUGUAGUACAAUGUAAAUUUUUUUUUUGGUAAGCGGAGAUUUUAUUUCACCAAAAUUGUUCAUUACAAACCUAGGUGAUUGCUGACCAAUCACCUCUCACCUCCUAAUUCUACUCACAUACAUACACU